AUGGCUCCCGAUAAGAAGGACAAGAAGCGCAAGGCUGUGGCCGCCACCACCGUCGACUCUCCCGCGAAGAAGACGAAAAAGGUCGAAGCCAAAGCCGCUGAGCCCGCCGAGAACCCCAAGUCCAUCCUGAAAAAGAACAAGACCAAGGGAGCUAAGGAGAACAAGGCUUCGAAGCCCAAGACCGAUGGCGAUGCUCCCCGAUCGAUCAAGCCUCGCAAGCGUGCUGCGGACUACAUGAGCGACGAGGAGAGCGAGGAGGAAGUUCCUGUGAAGAAGGCCGACAAGGAGACCAAGGCCAAGCCAAGCGCUAAGAAGUCCAAGAAGGAGGAUGGCACCGCUGCGCCUGUGAAAGAGAAGUCUGGAAAGAAGGCCAAGAAGCUUGAGAUUGUGCCUAGCGAUUCCGAGGAUGAGGAGGUUGCACCAGCUGUGGAGGAGAGCGAAGAAGAGGAUGACCAGACUACCGCUUUGAUCCGAGGCUUCGAGAGCAGCGGCGACGAGGACGAGUCCGGAGACGAGGCCAUUGACCCCGACGCUCCGGUUCCCAAGAUUCCCGACUCGAAGAAGGCCAAGCGCAAGAUUCUCAAGCUGCAGAAACAGAACAAGGCCGAGUCUUCAGGAAACCCCGGUGUUGUCUACGUUGGACGCAUCCCCCACGGUUUCUACGAACACCAGAUGCGCGCCUACUUCACCCAGUUCGGCGAGAUCACCAAGCUCCGCCUUUCCCGUAACCGCCACACCGGUAAAUCCAAGCACUACGCCUUCAUUGAAUUCGCCUCCGAGUCCGUCGCCAAGAUUGUCGCCGCCACAAUGGACAACUACCUCAUGUACGGUCACAUUCUGAAAUGCAAGUACGUCCCCAGCGAGCAGCUGCACCCUGAGCUGUGGAAGGGCGCCAACCGCCGCUUCAAAGCCACGCCAUGGAACCGGAUUGAGCAGAAGCGUCUGAAUAAGGGACGGACCCGUGAGAAGUGGACGAAGAACAUCGAGCAGGAGCAGAAGAGGCGUCUUGCCAAGGCGGAGAAGCUGAAGGAGCUUGGAUAUGAGAUGCCGCUGCCGGAGCUCAAGAGCAUUGAUGAGGUUCCUUUCCAGGAGCCCGAGGAGGAGGUUAAAGCUGUUGAGGGUGAGCAGGAGGCUGAGGCUAAGGCUAUCGAGGCCCCCGCUGAGCCCGCAAAGGCCGACGCUGAGAAGACCGAUGAUACCCCGAAGAAGUCGAAGAAGGAAAAGAAGGAGAAGAAGAAGGCCAUCGCCGAGGCUCCCGUCGAGUCCCCUAAGCCCAAGGCGGCUGCGGCUGCCUCGCCUGCUACAAAGUCGAAGAAGAAGUCCAAGUCCAAGUCCAAGGCUUAG